UACCGUGGUUAUCGCUUAAAUUAAAGUACGAUCACCCCUCUGACAGGAUGCAUGGUUUCGUCCUGGAAGGGCUUUUACUAUAACCGUCGGGGACACACUGACAUCUAGCGGCAGUCUUCAGAAAAGCAGGCUCACUCAUUAAGGCGUUUGCAAUCACGAAAAACAAAGAACAUCUGUGGCCUGAGUCUCAGCUGAAACUAUUACAUAUUUUGAUGGAUGUACAUAUUAAUAAAUGGACGACAAUGGGACGAGCAUGAAGAGGAAACACCGAGAUAUAUCAGUGUGAAUUCGUACAUGCAAAAUCGAGUAAGCGGCUGUGAUAUAAACAACACUGCGUGGAUAUGCCUCCAGCAUCACCAGCACAAGGAUUAAACCCCAAUCCAGACAGAGGUUUGGGCUUAAGUUUGUUGCUGGGAACUGACUAUGAAAGGAAGAAGUAUAAACUUCAGCAGGAGCUCCAACUGGACUACAAACAACAUGUUGCCAAGAAAAAGGACCUGAAAACCAGUGAAGCUCAUCCGCAACCCCAGGGUCUUUCUUUACCUAUUGAUGACAAGACAACAUUUCAGGAAAAACUAAGAGAGGAGAGAAAUAAAGAAUACAACCUCUUCCUACAGGAGCAAGCUCAAAUCAAAAGUCUAAGGAGGAGAACACUUCCUGUCACUUCAAAGCCUGGACAGGAUAAAGCUUCAGAUGCUGUGUGCCUUGCUUCUCCCGCGUCUCCUCUACCCAUCCUCAAUGCCCAUACAAACAUGCACCCUCCUCCCAGAGAGCGCCCUGCAUCCAGGAGAGAUGCUGCCACUCUGACGGAGGCAGUGGAUAAUGGAAAAAGGACAGGGGUUUCAGGUCCAGGCCAUCGGGGACGAAAGCGAUGGCAACUCCAUAGACUAAAAGAGCCCUAUAGCUCAGAGGAGGAGCUGAUCACAGACACAGAGGAGGAGUUGGAGUUCAGACACAGGAGGAGGCGAGACAGACGCUCUCCAGAGCCUGAGUACAAAGAGGAGAGGAAAACCAGAGAACGCAGAGCUAACAGAGUUCCUCGCGACUUAAAAGAGGUGGAGGACCCUGCUGUUCAUGAUCAGAACAACAAUGAAUGGGUUUGGAAGUCAGGUCCGCAAAUGCCAGACAGCAUGAAGACGGCUGCAAGAUCAAGACCUGCUACCAGCAAGGAUAAAGCAGAGUUUGCUACUGGACUCCUGAUUGGAGCAACAGAAGAGCAGACGGCCUCUCAUUUGAGGAAAGAACAGUAUAAGCAAGAGCUGCUGAAACAAAUUGCUGAACAGCAGGAAAACAAGAUGAGGGAGAAGAAACUUGAGCUGAGGGUUGCUGCAACAGGGGCCACAGACCCCGAGAAAAAGCCUGACCGAAUCAAGCAGUUUGGGGCUGUAAAUCGGCAUUAUGACAGCUGGAGAAGAGAUGUCCCGUACAAGCCUGGAGUAGAUGUGGAAACUGUAGGGAAGGACCCAGAUCCAAGGCCUAAAGAAGACAAACCUGCUAAGGACAGAGAACAAAGAGCCCCUCCAGGAAAGUACCAUGUGGACUACAAUACACCUCUCAGUCAGCUGACAGGGAAGACGAUGUCUGGGUCUGAAACAAAAGCAGCACGAGGUGUCUCCUCACUGGAUUAUUUCAGUGAGGACUACAACAGGGAUUUCUCAAACAUGAUAGGAGAGGUGGCCGUCCCGAGGGUUGCUGGCAUUCCUCCUCCUGUUCCUCCCACUGUAACUAAUAAUCACCAGACUCCUUAUGAUGCAGCGUAUUACUACUAUGGAACCAGGAAUCCAUUAGAUCCAAAUCUUCAUUACAAUCAGAAUGGCUUGCCUGAAGGGGAGAAGCAGUCUGGGAAUUUCCACAGCCCUCCUCCGAGACCACCUCCACUCAGACCCACUGGCCACGCUGAAAGAGGGCUCUCACUGCAUGUCCUGUCAGUACCUCCUGCACACUUGCCUCUUCAUCAUUUCUCACUCUGUCUUUCUGCUUCUAGAGUACCUGAUCAGCAUAGAUCAUCCCCCUUGGAUUUUGAAGACAAGUCCAAGCAGAGGAGAGAGAAUGCACUUAGCUACCAAGAAGCACUCAGACAGCAGAUCAAAGAAAGACAGGAGCGUAAAAGAAGAGAGAAAGAAGAGAAGGAGCGAUACGAUGCCAAGAUAGAGGCUGAGAUGAUGGCGUACAACCCCUGGGGGAGAAGUGGUGGAGGCGCUCCAAUCAAAGACCAAAAAGGCAACGUUGUCAAUGACCUGAGUGAAAUGCACAGGAUCAACGAGGAGUCAUAUAGGAAUCCCGUGUCCAGUAAUAGUGGGCAGAUACAAGGCCUUUUGAUGAGGGAUGAACACACUUCUGGAGUUGAAGCCAGGGCUCCCCUUUCUCAUCGACUAUCAGGCUUCAAUGAUCAGCCGACAAAUGAGCUCCACAUGCAGGACAGAUACAAAAAAGACCUUAAACAGCAGAUUGAGGAAAAUAAACGAAAGCAAGAAGAAGAGCGAGAACGAAUGAGGAUUGAAGAGGAAAAAGAAGAGAAGAGGCUGGCAGAACAAAGAGCUUGCAUACAGCGGGAAUACGAAGAGGAGCAAAGGAAGGUAAAGAAGGUUGAGCAUAGCCUGGAAAGUUGGAUCCAUGAACCUAAAACACAACAGCAGCAGGAGGAAAAGGAUGUGAGGCAGAAACAAGAGAUUGAAAAGAAGACACCAGAGAGUGCCAGGGACAGAGAGGAGAAAAGGGAGCAGCUGAAUUAUGAGAGAACGCCGUCUCCUCCCGUCCCAGCCUUGCAGCCGAAGCAGAAAAAUCUCAUCGCAUCCAGACCGUCCUCUGUUGUAAGCCAACUCUCCUCCAGGACUGAGCGUUCUGUGUCAGCACCACACUACCGACCAAUCCCGGUGAAAAUACCCCAGCCACAAGAUGGUCAGCAGGAGGUGCUCAGAGAGUUGUCAGCCCUCCGGAGGUACCUGAGGAAAGAGCAGAGACAACUGGAGGUUCAGCUGGGGCAGACGGAUCAAGAGGAAAGUCACUACACUCCAACCAACAGGCCCAGAGGACGGCCGAGAGUGGAUGCCUUCGAAUCGACACGCAAGGAUGCUGUCCAGCCGUUAACCGGGGGUCCCCCCUCUGAUGCUGCAUGUGUUAAUAUGCAAAAUAUCAGGGAGUUCAACCAGCUUAAAUACAGAGACACAGCAUCUCGUGAGGAGGUCCGUCACAUGUACCCUGACCCUCCCACUGACGAACAAAGUCUGGAUAUUCAACAGCAGGCACUUCUUCGUGAACAACAACGCAAAAUCAGACUCAUGAAGAGAGAGGAAGAGCCCGACUUUUUGGACCAGCAACUGAACCACUAUCGUUCUAGGAACAAACAUGGACGCUACAUCCACAGAGACUCUGUAUUGCCGUCUGAGACUGCUUUUUUUGAUGUUUACAGUGGUGAUCCAUGUGAAGAGCAGGUUCAUCAGCAGAGACCCUCCCAGCACUCAGCACAGCACCGGGAGAGGACAGCCCCACGGAGGAGACAUGACUAUGAUGAGGUGGCUUUAUGCAUGGAUCAGAGCCAUAACAACCAGCCAGAUGGUCAGUCUUCGAACUUUGAAUCUAAAGUCAGGGCCCGCAACCAGAAUCGCAUCAUAAGACGAGACACUUGCACUAGUGAUCACAACAGCACAUCAGAGAGGCUGCAUGGUGAUGAAGUGGAUGCCUUGUCUCUGCGCUCUGCCUUGGAGAGGCGUGUCUCCGUGGAGACCGUAGCCACAGAGCCCUGGCUGCGGCCUGGCACGUCGGAUGCUGUAAAACGCUCAGGCUACAGGGAGACACCGAACAGUAGGAUGGACGCUCCACCCUGGCUGACGCACCGUGCCAUAUAGCUUUCCAUUACUUGGUAUCAAAGGAUAGGAAACUGCAGAGUGAGGAGAGUUCCUCUUUUCUUUGGAUGCAGGUGGCGGCUCACCUAAACAUCGAAUCACUUUCCACUGACCAACAAUUGUAGAGACUGGUUAGAUUACUAAAGCUUGCUAAGGACAGAGUCUGUAAAAAUAUUGCUCUCAGUAUGAAAAGUGCACUUUUUACCCUUAGAAUUAAUGGCUUAGCCCGUUUUGUAUUUUCCAUAUUUGUACAUGUACCAUUAACACGUGUUAAUAGUUAUUUUAGUUAUAAAUAUACACCAUUUUAUUUUAUAAUAAAAAAUGUUUUGUGAUUAAUGGAGAACAAUAAACAGUCCUGUCAUUCAGAAGUCAGUGAUUCAGCAUUUCAAAUCAACCAAGUUCAAAAACUUUAUUGACCUAGAACCUGAUUAGAAUGCCAGAUGAUGUAUCGUACAGAAAGUUGUACAUAAUCUUUUUUGCAACAUAGAAAACUUUACAUUGCUGUAUCAUAUACAUUUUGUUUUCUACAUCCAUGAGCAGGAAUGCAUCCCAUUCAUACUUAAAGCACAGCUAACAUUUGUCAUUUUCUCUAUACAUAUUACUUUCCCCCAAACCAAAAGAAGAAGAAAAAAAACAAAAACAUUAAAUAUAUUAUUAACUUUUGAUUUUGUACACAAGAGUGAGAAACUAAACUCAAACAUUAAAA